CCGUCCUCGGGCGCGCUCACCAGCACGCAGAGCUCGGCGGGCAGUAUGGGCCCACCGCAGGGUGAGGUGGACCAGAUGUACCCCGCUCUGCCACCCUACUCCUCCUGCAGUGACCUCUACCCAGAGCCUGUCUCCUUCCACGACCCCCAGAGCAACCCUGGCCUCACCUACUCCCCCCAGGAUUACCAGGCAGCCAAACCCGCCUUGGACAGCAACCUCUUCCCCAUGAUCCCAGACUAUAACCUCUACCACCACCCCAACGACAUGGGCACCAUCACGGAGCACAAACCCUUCCAGAGCUUGGACCCCAUCCGUGUCAACCCACCCCCCAUCACCCCACUGGAGACUAUCAAGGCCUUCAAGGACAAGCAGAUCCAUCCAGGUUUUGGGGGGCUACCACAACCACCUCUCACCCUCAAACCCAUCCGACCCCGCAAGUAUCCCAACCGGCCCAGCAAGACGCCGCUUCACGAGCGACCCCACGCUUGUCCCGCCGAGGGUUGCGACCGUCGUUUCUCCCGCUCCGACGAGCUCACUCGUCACCUCCGGAUCCACACGGGUCACAAACCUUUCCAGUGUCGCAUCUGCAUGAGGAGCUUCAGCCGUAGCGACCACCUCAAAACCACCCACAUCCGCACCCACACCGGCGAGAAACCCUUCGCCUGCGAGUUCUGCGGCCGCAAGUUCGCCCGCUCUGACGAGCGCAAGCGACACGCCAAGAUCCACCUCAAGCAGAAGGAGAAGAAGGCUGAGAAGGGGUCAGCUGGGCAACCCCCCACCGUGCCCCCCACUGCUGCUGCCACUGCCACCUCGCCCCCCGUCGCUCUCGCUCCUGCUGUCACCACGUGCGCUUGA